CCUCAGCGGGGCAUGACGCGCUCUAUCGGCCGCUAUCGCCGAGACUGCCAGGCUGCUUCGUUUCUCCUCUUCGCCUUCUCUUUUGCCUCCCAAAGCACUGGGAUACAUUAUUUCACUCAUCUCAUCCAAGCUGUCUUGGCGGGGAACAGGCUCCCCAAGAUCUGUCUCGACUCACGAUGACUGCGCCGUUGGCAAAAGGGCUCAUCAUUACUGUCUCUGUACUGGUUGCUGCAGGCAUCGCGGCGUACGAAAAUCCUCAGGUUCGACAAUGGGUAAGCAACUCUCGUCGGAAGAUCGCGGUGGCCCUUCACAGCCUUGGAGAUGAAAUCCAUCCAGGCGACUCUCGUCCGGAGAAUAUCUCCAUGACGGAGGAGAUGGGUGAGGCGGCUGAAGAGCGAAGGCGGAGAGCUCGAGAAGAGAUUAUGCGGCGAGGCGCUCUGCUGGAGGCCCGACGACGAAGGAAGGCCUCCAGUUCGAGUGGUACCUUUGAUACACUAGUAGACGAACAUGGGAAUCUCAAGAAAGAUGAAGAUCUUGGAAUCCUUGAUGAGCCUCUAGCAAGGUCGACAGCUAUUGACAUGGACCUUUCGGAAGUUUCAAACCGACGAGGGCAAUCGGAGACUAGGGUCAACUCGGAAGAGCAGUCGCAGUACCAGCGCGACCUUCUGGAAACUGCUGGUCGCGAGAGACUGCGAAUUGCUGUUACUUCUGAAGUCUCAUCUAACCACCCUUCUGAAGCACUCGUCGACCUCACACCGACUUCGGAAUUCCCAGAAGCUGAUGCUGGCUGGGCAGAUCACCAUGCAGAACAGCAGCCAUUGACAGAGUCCGAAUUUUUCUCAGUUGCCUCACGCAGGUCAUCAACAAACUACAGUGUAGAUAUGGAAUCUGGCUUCUAUUAUGCUCGUCCAGAGCUGCUGCAUGAUGCAAAUAACGCGGGCAUCCAGUCGCCGUUUUCAGACGACCAGGGUCAUCAGCGUGGUAUCUCAUCUGCGUCUUCAAUCGCCGGAAGCCUGACCCAUGUCCGCCAUGACAUUUCAGAUGCGUCAUCAGAUGGCACGUUAAGCGACAAUGGUCACCUGGUCGAUGGUAUUUCUACUCCUGCAAGCUGGUCAGAAGUUGGCAGUGUAAUUAGCGGCGAUGAUAACCACCAUUAGACUAUUGUGGCGCGUUGCAAUAUAUGCAGAUGAAGUUAAUCGGCUCGUGCAUAAAGGGGAACAGGUUGUCUAAGAAUAUGUCAUCGAUCAUCUCUUUCUGCUCUCCCAGUUGCUUUGGUUCUGCGGGUUGGCGCUGAGUAUAUCUGGCGCAAGGAGUUUCUGGAUAUUUAUCGCUAGCUCGUCUCUGCGUAUGGUGCCUUUGUUUUCUUAUUAUUUUAUGGCAUUGCUUCGGG